UCUAUUAUUCUAGUUUAAUAAGGCCAAACUGCUGCCAGCCAUUUUGUGGUCUUGUUUUUCAAUCCCGAAAUCCAAAGUUCUCAAGUGCCAACUCGUGGGACGAGUCUCGAACCCGGGACACAUUGAUCAUCAUGGCCACCUGGAAAGCAGCGGGCGAUGCGGCCAAGAGCGCCAUCAAAUUGAGCACCAAUUUGACCAAGUUGGAGGUGAACCGCAAUCCGCAUCAUGUCUUGGGCUCGCUCUACACCAAGACACUGCGGGCUUUGGCCAAAAUGCCACAAGACUACGCCUACCGCAAACACACGGAAGCCAUCUUGAAUGAUCGAGUUAGUCAAUUGAAAGCCACCACCGACCUUCAACUGCUGGAAAAGAACAUCAAUUGUGGCCAAAUCGAGGAAGUGGUGAUUCAAGCCCAAUACGAACUAAGACUGGCCCGCCACUUGUUGGAAGUCAAGUCCUGGGAAGGCCUAAUCGAAGAAGCCAAACCCAACCAAUGGAAGUGGCCCAUGUAAGGGUCAAACCAUGCCAGUUCGUCAGUUCAGUUCAUACCUAAAUCAAAUAUAAGUUAAAACGGAUGAAAAUAA